AUGGAAGAAGAGGCCGGGUCUAUGGUCGAUUCGUCCAAUUCGAAGGGACGGCCAGCUCAAUCACCCGUAGAUAUUCCAGUUAAUUCCAGGAUAGAUCCUACUGUUCCACCAAUAUAUCAACUUAAUCCAGUAGCUCCUGUGGAGGCAAGAGUGCUCAUUCCCGUUUUCACUGCUCUCACAACUUCUUCCAGGCCUACUGCGCUACUUAUCGAUAACAACGUCAUUAACCUCCGCAUUAUGCAGAGGUAUUGCAACAAAAGAGGAUUGCCAUACUCUUACAUAACUAACGGCAUACAAGCUGUCGAUAUUUGUACGCAGCAUCAGCUAUUGGCUGCCGCUGGUGAAGGAGCUGCGAUCCAGCUUAUCCUUGUGGACCUUCAAAUGCCAGUAUGCGGUGGUAUUGAAUCCAUCCGGCAAAUUAGAUGGCUGAAGAAACAGAAUAAGUGGAAGAAAAGUAUUCUUUUUAUCAUGAUCGACCAAGAUAGUCUGACGGACAGAAUGGCUGUGGAUGGCGCUGGUGCCGAUGAAAACUUUGUGAAGCCCUGUUGGCAUCAAACUUCUAGAUCGUGGUGUGAAAUGGCAUCUUCCAGCCUUUGA